AUGACCGGCUCUGGCUUCUCACAGUCCACCCAGGGAAUCUACAACUUAUUACAGCGUCGGAUGCCUCAGCAUGCAGACAGUUUCCAGAUUUCACUGGUCAAUGCCACAGGCGUUGCAUCUGAUGAUGGCGGCCAGCCUUUUGAUCAUUAUGUUGUGUCCACCUUGUCUAACGGCACGGUGCUAGUGGAGGGGAAUUCACUCAGUGCUUUAUCCUCUGGUCUGCAUCGGUAUCUCGCCGAUAUGGCACAAGUCGAUUUGUGGUGGUUCGUCGGCAAUCGCCUUGAUGUGGCUCCCGAACAAUUGCCCCCGCUUCAGCAACCGAUAGAGGGAUCCAGUGUCGUCAAAUGGCGAUACCACUUCAAUACAGUCACCUUCGGUUACUUGGCUGCCUUCUGGUCCUGGGAAGACUGGGAGUAUCAGCUCGACUGGAUGGCCCUCCGGGGUAUCAAUCUGCCACUGGCCUGGGUGGGCUUCGAGAAAGUCCUCGUAGAGGUGUUCCAAGAGAUUGGAUUGACUGAUGCGGAAAUCUCCGCCUUCUUGAGCGGUCCGGCAUUUCAGCCAUGGAACCGCUUAGGCAAUAUCCAAGGCUCCUGGUGUGGCGAGUUGCCUGAGUCGUGGAUAGAAUCUCAAUUUGAACUACAACAGCAGAUUGUUGCACGCAUGCUGGAGCUGGGUAUGACACCUGUUCUGCCUGGAUUUGCGGGCUUUGUGCCGUCCGCAAUCACCCGCGUCCUUCCUAAUGCCAGCGUGGUCCAAGGAUCGCAGUGGGAAGGGUUUCCCUCAACAUACACCAGGGAUACAUUCCUCGAGCCACAAGAUGAGAACUUCGCGGAUCUGCAGUACAGGCUCAUCUCGAAGCAACAGGAUUACUAUGGCAAUGUGACGCAUAUCUACGCACUGGACCAGUAUAAUGAGAACGACCCAAACAACUCCACCACCGCCUAUCUGCGGGAGGUCUCCAACAUGACCAUGCAGAGUCUCAAGGCUGCCGAUCCAUGUGCGAUUUGGCUGAUGCAAGGUUGGCUCUUCUUGGAUAAUACUUUCUGGAACCCGUCCAAUACCAAAGCGUACCUCUCCGGCGUUGAAAACGAGGAUAUGAUUAUCCUGGACCUUUUUGCAGAGUCGCAGCCCGUGUGGAAAGAUACUGACUCGUUUUACGGAAAGCCGUGGAUCUGGUGUCAGGUGCAUGAUUAUGGCGGAAACAUGGGACUCUAUGGGCAAAUCAUGAAUAUCACCGUGAAUGCCACGGAGGCGCUGGCCGAGUCAAGUUCCCUCAUGGGCUUUGGACACACCAUGGAAUCUCAAGAAGGGAAUGAGAUUGUGUAUGAUUUGCUGCUGGACCAAGCCUGGUCUGAGACUCCCAUCGACACUGCUCAGUAUUUUCGUGACUGGGUCACUGUCCGAUACUCUGGUAGUCAGCAACCUCUCCCAAGGCAGCUGUACAAGGCGUGGGAGAUCUUGCGAGCGUCCGUCUACAAUAAUACCAACCUGACAUCCAACUCUGUUCCCAAAUCCAUCCUGGAGCUGGAACCGAACAUUUCAGGUCUGACGGACCGGACCGGCCAUCAUCCAACUACGAUCAACUACAAUCCGGAGGUUAUCGUGCAAGCCUUGCAGUUGAUGCGAAAGGGUGGAGCAUCUGACACCUCGUUGUGGGAUAAUCCUGCCUUUCAAUACGACACAGUCUUUCUCUCCCGCCAAAUCUUGGCCAACGCGUUCAUUCCCCAAUAUAAUGACCUCGUCUCCAUAUACAGCGUGGAGAACUAUUCCAAAACAGCAAUCAAUACUACCGGACAGGUUCUCAUUGAUCUGCUCUGGGGGCUAGAAUCGGUCCUCGCCACAAAUGAAAACUUCAAUCUGUCCGCGUGGAUUGGUCGGGCCGUAUCGUGGGCACAAGGCAAUGCGAGUCUUGCUAGAUUCUAUGAAUACAACGCCCGGAAUCAGAUUACUCUUUGGGGUCCCAUGGGCGAAGUCAGUGAUUAUGCAUCCAAGCAGUGGAGUGGACUGGUUUCCUCGUACUAUGUGCCUCGCUGGCAGAUUUUUGUGGGAUAUCUGUAUAACGUCACCCCCCAGAAUUUCGACCCCAGCGAAUUGCAUCAGAGUCUUCAAAAUUUCGAACUGCAGUGGCAGCAGCAAAGUGGAUGUCUGAAAGACGGGAGCCCUGAGACGGAUCUUCAGAAAGUGUUGGAGAGUCUGCAGAAGCAGUGGCCAGACAUAUUUCGCAGUACGGCCAUCACUACGAAUCGUCUAGGACCAAUUUCCUCAUUCCUUAGAUAUCCCGAGACAUCGAUCCAUCAAAUACUGCUUUCCUCCGAGUCAUUUGCUCUUUGA